GUCAUAGCGGGAAAAAUUGUCAAACCCAUGGACAAUGAUCUUCAGAAAAUAUCAGACUUAUUGUGAUCGUUUACGGCAGGACACGGCUUUUCUAACCAGCAAUGGCAGACUGAGUGAACAGCUGGUUGAUAAAAUUAUUCUUCAGCUAAAUCGAGUUUAUCCCCAAAUUCUCACCAUUAAAGAAGCUGAAAAGUUUCGGAAUCCCAAAGUUCCUCUUCAUAGUCGGCUAUCAAACCUUAUAGCUCACUUGAAAAAGAAAGGGGACAAACCCUGUCAAGAAUUUUAUCGAGCUUUACAGAUCAAUGCUGAGCAUCUCUAUAACAACUUGCCGAGCAGGAAAACUCUAAAAACCUCAGAUUCCACAGGGAUAAACCCUGAGAAGGAGAAAUAUAAUCUAAAUGACAGGGGUCCUGCGUUCUUUCUUGCCUGCUUCAGUGUUGCUGCAGGGUUAGCAUUCUUCAUGUAUUGCUGGAAUCCAGACUCCAGAGUCCUGGGAAAAGCCAAGAAGGUGCUGGGAUUUUCCCCAAUUAUCAUAGGAAGACAUGUUAGCAACAUCUGUAUGUUAUACAUGGAAGAUUCAUCAGGAAGACAGUAAGAAUAAACAGGGCAGCAUCAAAUUUCCAUGCCAAUAGCACGGAUGCUUCGCAAGCAAUUACAUUUUUUUAUACCAAAGUUAUAACUCAGUUGCUUUAGCAGUCUUUGCUUCUUCAAAGGGCUUUCAGAAGAUCACUUGUACUUGCCUUUUACUUGUGGAGCAGAUAUUUUAUUUUUGUACAAGCUUUUUUAAAAAAAAUUAUUUAUCACCUUGAUAAAAUAUA